GUAGUACGCUUCACAGCUUCCGGUACACAUCGUAAGCGGGUGUGAAUGUAGUAGGGUUUCAUGACUGACUAGUGUGAAUUUCCUUGCGAUCUGCUUAACCUGCGCGUCUCUGCACCGUUCAAGAGCGUCUGUUCCCUGUGAUAGAAGAGCGAUGGGGUUCCGAAAGAAGAACAAGAGUCCGCCUGUGCUGAGCCACGAGUUUGUCAUCCAGAAUCACGCGGAUAUGGUGUCGUGUGUGGCCAUGAUCAUUCUGCUGGGACUCAUGUUUGAGGUGACAGCAAAAUUUGCAAUCAUGUUCAUCACAGUCCAGUAUAAUGUCACACAAAGCCUGGAUGCGGAUGCAGAGGACAAACCUGAGCCUGUCAACUACUACAAAUACGGCCCCAAGGACAUCGCAACUGUCUUCUUUUACCUGCUCAUUGCCAUAAUUCUUCAUGCCCUGAUUCAAGAGUACAUACUCGACAAAAUCAAUCGUCGGCUUCAUUUGUCCAAAACAAAGCACAGCAAGUUCAAUGAGUCGGGACAGCUGGCCACCUUCUACUUGUUCUCCUUCAUCUGGGGCUGCAGCAUCCUCACCAAUGAGGAAUUUGUGACAAAUCCUACUUUUCUUUGGGAAGGUUAUCCUCAUAUCCACAUGGCUUUCCAAGUGAAGUUUUUCUAUAUCUGUCAGAUUGCCUACUGGUUCCAUGCUCUUCCUGAACUGUAUUUUCAGAAAGUACGAAAGGAGGAUAUUCCUCGUCAACUCUACUACAUUUGCCUUUAUAUAUUUCACAUCACUGGUGCCUAUGUCCUCAAUCUCCACCGUCUGGGUCUAGUUCUUCUGGUGCCACAUUACCUGGUAGAGCUGCUCUUCCACGCCUCACGCCUCUUCUACUUCAGUGAUGAGAACAAGCAGAAGGGGUUUACGCUGUGGGCUCUGCUGUUUGUCAUCACGCGCCUCCUGACGCUCACCGUCUCUGUCCUGACGUUUGGUUUCGGCCUGUCCCGCACAGAUAACCAGGGAUUCUCUUUAGCGGAAGGAAACUUUAACGUGUUGACCAUCAGGAUGACAUGUCUGUCAGCCAUCUGCCUGACCCAGGCCUGGAUGAUGUGGAAAUUCAUCAAUUUCCAGCUGAAGAAGUGGAGAGAACAAUCUCAAAUCCAGGCCAGCAAGAAGAAAGCUGUCAGCCCGAAAAGCAGACCCAGCAAGAAGGAAUCUAGGGGGGGUUCAGUCAAUGGAGUCAUGAAACCAGAUGACAAGACAUCACCAAGAGCAAGAAAAUCUAAAGCCUCGUAAGAGGAACGAGAGAGCAGGUGCCCGAAAUGUGAUGCUCUGUUUCCACUCUGAACUUUAGAAAAGAAACAGAUUUGAUAACUGCGAUAAAGAACCACACAAACAAACUAAGGAAAUGAGUUGUACGGCAUGGUUCAGGUUUUCUUUGUCUCCUGUUUUUCCUCUCUGCAUCUUAAAAAUGAACUAUAGAUUUAUAAUCGAUCAUUAUAACCAUUUGCUCGUGACUUUUAGCAAGACUGAGAGGUUUUCUGAAUGUUUGCGAUGGACGUGAUGUUACACUGCAGUACUGUUGUGUGAUCCACGGGCGUCUUCGCUCACUCGUAGAGUAGUGCAGUUUGCUAAGUCCAGGAUCUGCACGACAGAAACGUUUCUGUAAGUCUGUCUCGCUCAGAAGAUGAAGCAUUUAUCCCGCCCACAACACCAUUAAACCCUACUUAACACGAUUUCUGCGCUUCUUAUGAAACACUCGGUGUGGACGGAAGCUUUUGAGAAGUGUCCUUUGUUCAUGGUUGACCUUUAGCCCCUCAGUCCUGUACGCUACUAUGAAGCUCAGUGAGAAACUCCAAUAUAAAGAGGCAGAGGUGGCGAAGGACUGCUACACAACUCUGUCGUUCUGACGUAGCUUUUAAAUGACCUUAGCUGUGUAAUUGUACAUUUUGAUACUGAGAGCAGGAAGAACUGAUUUUAGCGUCCCGUUUGUGUGUGAAUGUCGUUUGAGGAGAAUCAUUUUAAUAAUGUUUUUGCAGCGACAAUGUUUGAAGUUGAGCUGUUUGUGAGAGGGCCAUCUGAAGGCUUGGAUGAUGCUGAUAGCUAGUUUGAGGGUGCUGUUUUGGUUUUUGGUUGCAACUGAAUGCCUUGUGUGGAGUUUUUCUUUUUUUUUUUAUGGACAGUUUUAUGGACAGACAGCUCCCCCUGCAGGCUUGGAUGAUGUAUUUCUUUAAGGAUUGAUAUGCCUUUUUUGCAGAAGAGUUCACAUACCUACCCAGGACUUCUAAAGAGCCUAACUGGCCACGUUUGGUGCCUUGGUGCUUAUCAUGGCUACCUUAUGGUUAUCGAUAUAAUCCAUAAUACACGUGUCAAUGGUGAUAUCGCUUUUAGUUUCACUCAUCCUUGGAGCUUCUUAAAGAUUUUACUGUGACAUUGUGUAAGUGUGGAUUUUAUCUUGAAUGCAAUGAAAGCCAGCCUUUUGUUUCAAAUUAACGACAAAUCUGAGAGGUUUUGAGCGUAGGAAAGAGUUUUCCGGUGAACUUCCUCCUGAGUGUUUGCUGUGAGACGUUUAUAAAGCCCUGAAUCUCUGUUCUCGUGUGAAAAGUGUUGGAACAUCACGUUUUCAACACUUUGUGGCCUUUUUUCCUUACAUUUGAGUGAUCUGCUCUCUGUUAUGUAUCACCUGAUAGCUGUGCUUGACCGCGUCUGCCAGCAUGGACGUCGCCGCAGCGGUGUGUAGUUUAUAUGAUACCAUACGAUUCUUUAAGUGUCCUUAAGCUAACGACAGUAGAAGUUGCGUUCUUUCUCGGUUUGAGCACUGUUGAGUUCUCUUUGCGUCUGUGUUAUGUGUUUAUUACCGUGAUGAGAGAGUUCGAUAUUGUUUUUCCUCAUUGAAAUGGCGUGAACGUGUGCAUGUUGCGAUCUGAGAAUUGCCUCACUGAAACAUUUGAUGCCUGUUAGCAGAAAUAAAACCGUAUGUAUCAAAAGUGGCGGUCUGUUAAGCAGUUUUUUACUUUUUUAAAAAGCAAGACACAAACUGCCAGUCUAUUUCAUUUAUUAUAUGAACCCUGUCUUUAAACAUACGCUGUCAGAUUAUACAGAUUCAUAUACACACGCUGUGCUGUGUACUAGUUGCCAAAAUAUGUAAAAGGGACUCGCUGCUCUUUCCCAGUUACAUUGGUUUCUGUACAUACUUGGUUCUCGGUGCAGUUUGUAGGUCAGGUGCCUAAAUCUGGCUGCAGAACUGGGUCGAUCCGAAUCAGUUUGCUUUAGUUUGGUACAUUUGUGAAAGAGCCCAGAUUCAAAGCAGAGUCUUAGUGACUCUCAUUACAUUCGGAGGACAUUUUCAAUUCAGGGUUUUAAAACUACGAUCUGUAAUUGCUGAAAGUGACGAUUAAUAAAAUGUGUUGAAAUAACACCGAUGCCUCCGUAUACACCUGUACGGAUAUGUCAAAAAAAUAAAAAAAAAAAAAAAAAAAAAAAAACUUAAGCUUUGUUUGCAAUGCAAAGCUAAUUCUUGAAAUUCAAGUUGGUGCUGGUUCUUCUCUAACAGAUGUUGUGUCUGAGGACUGAACGGAGGAGUAAUUAGGUUUGAUAAAUGCUAAAAUCUCCCACGUUUACACAAAUUAUACUGGUUUUUUUUUUUUUUUUUUGGUUUUGUUUUUUGUUUUGUUUUUUCCCCAAACCUCUGAUUAACCCCCAUUUCAAAGUAGCCUCAUGUCAUUUAGGAUUUGUUAAGAGGAAACCUUCGUUUUGUUUUGUUUUCUGUUUAGUUUAGUUUUGUUUGCUAUCUAAUGUUUGGCAAACUAAACAGGAAAGGAAAAUGAUUAUAUAGAGUAAUUCACUACUGAAUAAUUGUCAGAUUUUUAAACUAUUUUUAUAGCGUUGAACUGUUGAGAGAUGAACAUUAUUUAGAGCAUAUAAAUAUUUUACUGCUUUAUGGGUUUAUUAUUUUUAUACUGUGUGGGAGAAGCUUUCUACCAUUUCAGUGGGACUGCAAAUGAUAAAUACUUUUGGUGACUAUAAAUAUUGUGAGAAGAUUUAAACGUUACUGCCGCUUUCCUGAUUUGUUGCUGUUUUUUGUUUUGUGUUUUUAAUUUAGGGUAUGAACAAGUUAAAGUCUGUAAUCUGUAUGAUAAGUCUUCAUUGUUUUGUUUUUGAGUAGUGGGAUUCUGGUGGAUAAAAACACAAAGUAAGUGACAAUGAGAAUAAACAUCACACCCUCCCAUUGUUGUGUCACGUAAGAGACUCUAACGGAUAACUGUGGUGUUUUUGAUGUGGCGUAAUUGUUUUCAUUUUGUGUAUAUAAAUGUAAAUGGGAAAAAAAUGUAAUUCACAAAUGUUUUUACACUAUUAUUUGCAGUGAUCAGCCAUCAUCAUCAUCAUCAUCAUUAUUCUGGUAUGUCAAAUUAAAAGAUGCACCAAAGCCUUCUGGAAUAUCAGAUACACAGAACCUAAAUUAUUUUCCACCAUGCUUUACAUAGUACAAGCACUGUUACUUUUCUAAUGCUUGCCUGUGUGUUGAGAUAUAUUGUUUUUUUUUUAUAUAAAAUGUUAUUAAUAUAUGUAUUUAUGCAAGUCUGUGUGAUGCUUUUUGUAUGUUAGUCCUUUGAUUAAAUCUUUUGCUUAA